AUGAGUUUAGGACAUCAAUUCAGUCACAGCGCUGCCCCAGUGAAAGGGAUCAAAGAGGUCCAAUUUGGUUUGAUGAGCCCGGAAGAGAUGAAAUCUCUAUCCGUCGCUCAUAUUGUCCAUCCUGAAGUCAUCGAUGAAGGCACAGGGAGACCGCGUCAAGGCGGCUUGAUGGAUCCGCGUAUGGGUACUAUCGACAGAAAUUUCAAGUGCCAGACUUGCGGUGAGGGUAUGGCUGAGUGUCCAGGCCACUUUGGCCAUAUUGAAUUGGCAAAGCCUGCGUUUCACAUUGGCUUUUUGACAAAGAUCAAAAAAAUCAUUGAAAGCAUCUGUGUUAACUGUGGUAGACUGUUGGCGGACGAGAACGAUCCUGAACUUGCUAAGAUACUACGCACCGUUCCCGUUGGAAAAAGGCGGUUCGAGUCUGUUCACGCCUACUGCGCCAAGAUAAACGUAUGUAAACCAGACGAGCCAAAUGAGAACGGUGAGGAUCCCGCAAAUCUCCCGCCAGGCCACGGUGGCUGUGGUCGUCUACAGCCUGCAAUUAGGAGGGAGGCUUUGAAGCUGUUUGCUGUCAACAAGCAGCAAAAGAAUGAUGAGGAGGAUGACUCGAAAGCUCAGCAGGAUAAGCGUCAACUCACGGCUGCGGAGGUUUAUACUCUUUUCAAGAAAAUUUCAGACAGCGACAUCACCAAUAUGGGUCUAUCGGCUGAGUUUGCUCGUCCCGACUGGAUGAUCAUCACCGUACUCCCAGUUCCCCCUCCUCCCGUCCGUCCUUCCAUUGCCGUCGAUGGUGGUGCAACUCGUUCUGAAGAUGAUCUUACUUACAAGCUUGCUGAUAUUCUCAAAUACACCGCAUCUCUUCGUAGAUUUGAGGCAGAAGGUGUUCCUGUACACAUUAUCAGCGAAAAUGAGCAGCUAGUCCAAUUUCACGUCGCUACGUACAUGGACAACGACAUAGCGGGUAUACCACAAGCAAUGCAGAAAUCAGGUCGUCCAAUUAAAUCCAUAAGAGCUCGUCUGAAGGGUAAAGAGGGUCGUUUGCGUGGUAACCUGAUGGGUAAACGUGUAGAUUUUUCAGCUCGUACCGUCAUCACUGGUGAUCCUAACCUCGAAUUGGACGAGGUUGGUGUCCCAUUCUCUAUCGCCCGUACCCUCACCUAUCCUGAACGCGUCACUCCUUACAACCUACUUUAUCUGCAGGAGUUGGUCAGGAAUGGUCCCACCCAAUACCCUGGUGCACGGUAUGUUGUGCGUGACACUGGUGAACGUAUAGAUUUGCGUUAUAACAGACGUGCCGAUACUUUCUUGCAAUUCGGCUGGAUCGUCGAGCGACACUUGAAGGAUGGUGAUUUUGUCCUCUUCAACAGACAGCCUUCGCUGCACAAAAUGUCUAUGAUGUGUCACAGAGUUAAGCUGAUGCCUUACUCUACUUUCAGACUGAAUUUGUCCGUCACUCCACCCUAUAAUGCUGAUUUCGACGGUGAUGAAAUGAACUUGCACGUACCUCAAUCUGAAGAGACGAGGGCAGAGAUGAGCCAAAUUGCAGCAGUUACUAGACAGAUUGUCUCUCCUCAAGCCAACUCUCCGGUUAUGGGUAUUGUCCAAGAUGCACUCUGUGGUGUGAGGAAGUUGACGCUCAGAGACACAUUCCUCGAUAGCAAACAAGUCGCUAACAUUCUAAUGUGGGUUCCUGGAUGGGACGGUUUAGUACCAACGCCUGCAGUACUCAAACCCAAGCCUCUGUGGUCGGGUAAGCAAAUACUGUCGCUGUGUAUUCCACGCGGUAUCAAUGUAUUCAGGUCGAAUGAGGCCAAGUCUUCAGCCCCAGUAGAUGAUUCGGGUGUAUGUAUCGAAGAUGGUAACAUCAUGUACGGUGCGAUCGAUAAAUCCACCGUCGGUAAAUCUCAAGGUGGUUUGGUACACGUUAUUUUCCGCGAGAAGGGUCAUAUCGUCUGUAAGGACUUCUUGUCUGGUCUGCAGGUUGUUGUUAAUUAUUGGAUGCUGCACCACGGUUUCUCGAUCGGUAUUGGGGACACUAUCGCCGAUAAGUCUACCAUGGCUUACAUCACUGAACGUAUUUCCGACGCUAAAGACAAAGUCAAGGGGAUCAUUCAAUCUGCAGAAUCUGAUCAAUUAGAGGCACAAGCUGGUAUGACUAUUCGUGAAUCAUUCGAAGCCUCUGUCAAUAUGGAACUGAACCAGGCUCGUGAUCAAGUCGGUAAAUCUGCACAAAAGUCCCUUAAAGACGACAACAACGUUAAACAAAUGGUUGUUGCAGGUUCCAAGGGUUCUUUCAUUAACAUUUCUCAAAUGUCAGCUUGUGUCGGUCAGCAGUCCGUCGAGGGUAAACGUAUCCCGUUUGGUUUCAGAUACCGUACACUGCCUCACUUUACCAAGGACGAUUUCGGUCCAGAGUCACGAGGAUUCGUCGAGAACUCAUAUUUGCGUGGAUUGACGCCAUCCGAGUUCUUCUUCCACGCUAUGGCUGGUAGAGAAGGUUUGAUUGAUACAGCAGUGAAGACAGCUGAGACCGGUUACGUUCAAAGACGUUUAGUUAAGGCGUUGGAGGAUAUUAUGGUGCACUACGAUGGUACAGUGAGGAAUUCUCUCGGUGACGUUCUUCAAUUUGCCUACGGUGAAGAUGGUAUGGAUGGAUCUGUUAUGGAAAAGCAGCACUUUGUUGGUAUGUCUGCUAGCGAUGAGGAGUUUGACCGCAAGUUCCGCAUUGAUCUCACCGACCCAUCUCGUGACUUUAAGCCUGGCUCAUUGCGUGUUGGGUUGGAAUCCACCGAAGGCUUGCAAGCCAAGUUGGAUAUGGAGUGGAGGCAGCUCGUCGAUGAUCGCGUAAUGCUUCGAGACUUCAUCUUUAAAUUCCGUCCAGGCGAUUCUACACUCCCAUUGCCACUGAACAUACGUCGUACUAUCCAAAACGCGCAGCAGAUCUUCCGUAUUGACCGCCGUCAACCCUCAGACCUGGAUCCAGGGUCAGUGGUGGAUGAGGUGCAUGCACUUUGCCGUAGACUAGUUGUCAUUCGCGGUAAGGAUGUGUUGAGUCAGGAGGCUCAGAACAAUGCCACAAUGUUGUUCGCUAUUCUCCUCAGGUCUUCGUUGGCUGUCAGACUCAUCAUUGAGGAGCACCGUCUUAAUAGAGAAGCGUUCGAUUGGGUUAUUGGUGAGAUAGAGACUAGAUUUAAUCAGUCUAUCGUAGCACCGGGUGAAAUGUGUGGUACAUUGGCAGCACAGUCGAUUGGUGAACCUGCGACGCAGAUGACACUUAAUACAUUCCACUAUGCUGGUGUUUCAUCGAAGAAUGUCACACUUGGUGUACCUCGUCUAAAGGAAAUUAUUAACGUAGCUACAAAUAUCAAAACUCCAUCUCUAACUGUAUUCCUCGAUGAGAUGACUUCAAGGGAUGUUGUUGCUGUGAAGAAUGUACAGGCAGAGUUAGAACACACGACACUCAAGACUAUCACAGCAGCUACGGAAAUUAUUUACGACCCAGAUCCUACAACAACAAUCGUAGAUGAGGAUAGAGAUUUCGUCGAGGCAUACUUUGCCAUUCCAGACGAAGAGGUAGCUGCGAACAUUGACAAGCAGUCGCCAUGGCUACUGCGGUUGGAGUUGGAUAGAGCCAAGAUGUUAGACAAACGUCUUGAGAUGAACUUUGUUGCUGGGAAGAUCGCUUCGCUGUUCCAAAACGACUUAUUCGUCAUCUAUUCGGAAGAUUCCGCAGAGAAGCUCAUUAUCCGUGCUAGAAUAGUUGGAGAUGAUCCAUCGACUAAGGAAGAUGAUGGUGUAUCUGAGGAUGUCUUCUUGAAGAAAAUUGAGAACAACAUGUUAUCAAACAUCUCAUUGCGCGGUAUAGAGGGUAUAACGAGGGUGUUCAUUGUCGAACGUAAGAAGGAGGUGAUAGCUGAGGGUGGUAGAUUUGAAAGACAGCAAGAAUGGGUUCUUGAGACUGAUGGUGUCAACCUCUCUGAAGUACUCCCAGUUAAGCAUGUGGAUGCUACGCGCACGUACUCGAACCACUGUCAAGAAAUAUUCGAGGUGCUUGGUAUAGAAGCAGCGCGUAAUGCGAUUUUGAAGGAGUUGCGUAACGUCAUUGAAUUUGACGGUUCUUACGUCAACUACCGUCAUCUGGCGCUAUUGUGCGAUCUGAUGACUAACAGAGGAAGACUUAUGGCUAUUACGCGUCAUGGUAUUAACCGUGCAGACACGGGAGCAUUGAUGCGUUGUUCGUUUGAAGAAACAGUAGAAAUUCUUCUCGAAGCAGCUGCAAUUGGAGAGAAGGAUGAUUGUCAUGGUAUAGCUGAGAAUGUUCUUCUUGGACAGAUGGCACCAAUGGGCACUGGAGCGUUUGAUGUUACACUCGACAUCGAUAUGCUCAAGGAUGUAGUUAUCGAUGCUAAACUUCCAGCACAUCGCCUUAAUGCGCAGAUGGCAGAGGGAGCGAUGGUUAUAGAUGAGCAGGGCAAGAUGACGCCAUAUGCACAUGGGAAGAAUUCAUACGAGGCGCAGAUUAUUGGAGAUGAUACAGCACUGUUCUCUCCAAUCGCCGCAUCAGGUUCAGAUGAGUCGAGUAAGGAAUACUUGGGAUACGGUCAAUCGCCAUUGGUUACGGGAGGGGCAACUUCGCCAGGUUACUCACCAUCGAGUCCUACAUGGUCACCGACGAGCCCUGGAUAUGUGCCAGCGACCUCGCCAGCUGUCGGAGGAGCUGUGUCUCCUUGGGUACCACAGGGAGGAACCUCACCUGGGUAUUCACCUUCAAGUCCAAUGGUUGGGAUUAGCUCGCCUUCUUAUAGUCCUAGCUCGCCAAAGUUCAGUCCAUCUAGUCCGACUUACUCGCCUGCGUCGCCUAGCUAUAGUCCAACAUCGCCGCGCUACAGCCCAGCUAGUCCGGCAUACAGUCCAUCUUCUCCCAAAUACUCGCCAACAUCGCCAAAGUACUCUCCAACAUCACCACAGUACUCACCAACGUCACCACAAUACUCACCGACAUCACCUAAAUAUUCACCAGCAUCACCGGCGUACAGUCCAGCCAGUCCAGGAUACUCACCUGCAUCGCCUGCGUACUCGCCAGCGUCGCCAGCUUACUCACCGGCGUCACCAGCGUAUUCACCGGCGUCGCCUGCAUAUUCACCAGCGUCGCCUGCAUACUCGCCAACGUCGCCAGGAGGAGCGACAGGGGUUAAUGGGGAAACGAAACCAAGUUGGCAGACAGGCAACACGUCCUCAGGGCCAAGCUGGAAGACGUAA